AUGAGAAAUCCUGUGCGGCGAGACAGAUCGACGGAGAGUCAGUAUUAUGUGUAUGCAACUCCACAUACUGCGACGAGUUCACGAGAGAAAUCCCCCAGAAAGGACACUACGUCACUUAUACGUCAUCCAAGAUCCUACUUUAGUGACAAGGGCUUGGAGUAUAACAUGCUUCGGGUUCCUAUCGGUGGGAGUGACUUCUCCCUGAGUGAAUUCGCUUACAACGAGUUGCCGAUUGAUGACUAUUAUUUGACAAACUACACACUGUCUAUCGAAGAUUACGACUAUAAGAUACCGAUAAUAAAAAGGAUAAUGGACAUAUCCAAGUUACCUGUAGAUGUCAUAGUCUCUACAUGGACACCUCCUAAGUGGAUGAAGUAUUAUACGGACGAAAAUCCCACGUGUGGUUACCUUAAGAAUGAGUUUUACCAGACGUAUGCCGACUAUCACUUGAAAUUUUUAGAAAAAUACGCCAUGGAAGGUAUUCCAGUUUGGGGAAUCACAACGACUAAUGAGCCGACAAUUGCCUUUACUGAUAUACCAGCCAAGGUCUGCAUUGGAUUUACUCCAAAACAAAUGGGUAAAUUUAUAGCAGAAAAUUUUGGGCCGACAAUUCGCAAUUCACCGUUUAAGGAUAUCAAGAUCCUUGCGCUGGAUGAUCAGCGGUAUUCGAUCUCCAGAGAUUUCUAUGACAUUAUAAAUAAUUAUCCAGAGGUGUUGGACUAUAUCGAUGGCAUAGCACUUCAUUUUUACUACGACACGAGCACUCCCGUUCAGGUCCUACAGAAUUUGCAAAGGAGAUAUCCAAAACUUUUUGUAAUCUACACCGAAGCUUGUAGAGGGUAUCUUCUAACCGAUAAGAAACAAGUCCUAUUAGGAUCUUGGGAAAGAGCUGAGGACUACAUCAAAGACAUUAUUGAGGAUUUGAACAACAAUGUAGUUGGAUGGAUGGACUGGAAUUUCUGUCUAGACAAAAAUGGAGGUCCAAACUGGGCGGGGAAUCAUGUGGAUUCUCCUAUAAUUGUGGAUGCAGAAAAAGGGGAAUUUCUUAAGCAGCCAAUGUUCUAUGCAAUGGGGCAUUUCUCGAAGUUUAUUCCACGUGGUUCUAGAAGGAUCAGGGUAGAGAAGAAGCCUUCAUCCAAAUACAUUAACGAGGUUGCAUUUUUGACUCCAAGGAAUACCGUCGUCCUUGUGAUUUAUAAUGAGUAA